CGCCCAGCCCGUCUCCAUGGCAACGCGGAGGGCAGCGCCACGGCAGUCGCCAAGGGACAAUCCCGCUGCAUCCGCAGGCUUCCGGGCUUCGCCCACAAGGCCCGCCCCACCCCCUGGUCCCGCCUUCCUUGCGCGUCUCCCGGGCAACGCGCCGAGCUCCGCUCACCGCGUCUGCGCAGGCGCUCACUCCGCGUCUGCGCGCGCUCAUAAGAGCAUGGAUCCCAAGCCGGCUCCCAUUCCGGAGUUGCUCGCUAAAGCGGAAGACGAGAACUCAGCGGUUGGCCAGCAGCUUCGGCCCUCGGUCACGUGGAACCUAGUGUGUUCGCCCACUGCCGGUAGGGUCGCCCCUCAGGCGACCACCAGUUCUGGCACCUACCCGGCGUCGGCCUUCUUCCGGCACAGUAGGCUCAGUAACCGCCGGGACGGUCACGUAAGGAGCCAGCCGAAGAUUUGCUUCCUGCGGCCGCGGACCGCGCAGCCGCUGGUUCUCUUCAGCUUAAUGAAUUCCAGUGAAACAGCAGUGAAAAAAUUUUUACCCAAGAGCCACUUAUCUCGGGUGAUAAUACGUGACAACCUCAGUGCGCAGCGAAUCUAUGAGAUGGAGAUAAGAGCUGCAGACAAGACCAAGAAAAAGAUGAGCCACUUGUAUGACCACCUGAAAAAGAAAUUCAUGACAGACCAGCUCAGAAAGUUGGGGCGCUGGCGACGGGGAUCCACGAACAUCCGGGAGUACCUGGAUAGCAUCCGAGGGAGCAAGGUCCCAUUAAAAGCUCAGCCUCACAGGAAAGAUCGGCCACCCUAGUCAAGGCAGAGUGGUCCACCCUGGGGCCGUGAUGACACUAGGCUGACUGGAGACAAGCUGGAAGUGAGCCAGUCUACACCAUUGUAGAACAGCAAUAAAUGAGACUCGUGGACGGUGGAGCACAAAGCCCCUUGGUACUGUUUCUUGCCCAGUCCCAUCCCCCCUUUUCUGGUGAAGGCAAUCCUGAUAGUCCUGUAGCUGCCCAAGUGGAAAGGACUGAAUCAAGCCGGCUUCCAAGGUUAAGGCAGAGAUUUACCUCUGGUACCCACGUGUCUGGUGCAAUGCCAGGCCAGGUGUGCUGGGACAGUGGUACCUUGCAUGGGAAGGGCUUGGUAAUGCCACUGCCUGGCAUUCCAGUGGUGAGUCAAGGUGGGGCAUCAGGCAGACCUGGGUUAAGGGCUGUUUCUGCCAUCCCUCAGCUGUGAGACUCUCUAACCUCUCUGAGCCUGUUUCCUUUGGUGAAAAAAGGAGGUAGCAGUGAGGGAACCUACCUCCAAGAACUGGCAUGAGGAUGUGGAACACUUGGCCCAGGGCCCAUCAUUUGCAUGGGCUCUCACCACAGUGCAUUCAGUUAGCUUCCAGCCUUGCCAGUUCUGCUGCCCUGGCCUGCCCGCUGCCCCAACCACACCUGCAGGCUCUUCGUCUAGAAUGAUUCUUCAGGGCUGUUCACCCUCCAAAGCUUAUCUCAAUGCCAUUUCCCCACUGACCCCUCACAAGCUUCUCUGGUCUUCUGCCUCCUGCCUGCUCCUCUACAACCCAGCCCAAGCCACGUGGGUUCCCCUCUCUGAACUUGGCUUAGCUGUGGUGGUUUCACUCUGGCUUUCGUGGUAGAUGUUUGGAUAUUUGUCCCAGCCUUAGAUCAGACUAUACAGCCUUUGAGAGUAGGAGCCAGGGAUCCCCAAGAUUCAGUUCAGGCGUCUUCUGUGCUACUCCACCCCACCAGAAAAGGCCUCACCUUUGUGUGCUGACUUGUCUGUCUGCACUGAGCAUGCGGUUGGCCGUCUCUUGUUCACUCUGUCUUGCUGACCAUGUGAAUAUGUCGAUGGCUGGGUUACUCACUCGUUCAUCUCUGUAACCACAAUGCCCAAUAACACUGAGCAGUCAGUCUGUUUUCUAAGUGAUUAUUCCUUUGUUUAAUUACAGCUUCAGCACAGUGCCCAGAGUAAGGUCACGGUACAUAUUUUUUAAAGUUAACCAGAUUCCCUCACUUUACAGAUGAGGAAACAGGCCCAGAGAGGUGGCUUGACUUGCCCAAGGUCACACAGCAAGUUAGUGGCAGAGAACUAGAAGCAGGUUUCCUGACUGCCAGGGAGUGGUCGUCCUGCAUCACCGCAGCUGCUAGGUAAGGACCUCAGUCCUCAUGGAGCCUUUCGGAAGUCCUCUUCAUGUGUCCUCAUCCAGGGAUGGAGAGCCAGAUGUCCACGAUGCUUCUGUUUUCCCUUUAAUGGUCUUCCUUUGAGAAUAUGCUGCUUUUCAGUGGGAGCCAAAACCUUAUUUUUCUAGGUUUUUGUCUGUUUUCUUGGCUAAGCACAACUGAUUGGAAUAAUUGACUUUAAAACCUUAAGUUUUAUUAUACAAGCAAUAUGACCACAUCUGCCAAAAACAAAAACUCUUCCAUUAGAUCAACCACUGCUAGCAUUUUGAUGUGUUUCUUAUAUUUUGAGUAUUCGUUUCAUUUCAGGAACAGUCCUUUUCCCUGGCACUGUACCUAGAAAGGGGAAAGAAAGGCUUCGGGGAUCCUGGUGUCUUCAGGGUGCCCACCAAGCCACCCAAGCUCCUCUUUUCUCCAGAGAACCCUGCCCCCCCUAAAUCUUCCCUAACACAGCCUCUCUAAGCCUCACCCCUGUCUAGCCUUCAGCCACACCCACCGUUCUCUCUGGAUGGCUGGUCUGGGCAGGGGGUCUUUGCAGUCUUAUGCUGUGGCCCAGCAGA